ACUGGAAUUUUGUCUCUCGGACAACACUGCGCAGACGCAUCAGGACAACUUCGUGUAGAAAGACGGAUGCUGGGCGAACGCGAAUACCUAAUUUGAAACCUCGAAAAGUAUACUGAAGACAGAAUACAGAAGUAUGAAUAAAUUGAGAAUACAGAAGUGUGAAUAAAUUGAGAGUCUUGCUCUGAUACCAUGAAGUUUUGACCUGAAUGUGAAUGGUGAGUCUCGCUGCCACGGAUUAAACGGCACCGGGAGUCCGACGGAGGCGGGGGACGUCAUCACAUCAGCAGGUACACGGACAUCGCCUCCUAGCACUCGGCGGAUCAAAAGUCAUCGAGCUAAGCGAAGUUGCAGGUGGUGCGUUUUGAAGUAAUCCAACAAUGUGUAUGCCGCCAUCUUGUCUAUUUCAAAUCUUCUCUCAUUGAUCGAAACAUGAGUGUCAUCAUGACAUGCGACACUUUGGAGUGGACCCAUCUGUCUCAAUCAUAACCAGGCAACAGCAUACAGCAGACGCUCCCUCUGUGAGAGAAGAGUGGUGGGAGUAGGACGACGUUGGGAUGCUUGCGUGUCUGUGUGGUGCAGACCAGACAUACAGUGGAGAGGAGUGGCAGCAAUGUUGCCUGGUGUUGGUGUGUUUGGCACAGGGAGUACGGCACGGGUGCUAGUUCCAUUGCUGCGGGGGGAAGGGUUUGAGGUACGCGCGCUCUGGGGGAGGAGCGAGGAGGAGGCAUGCGCCCUGGCGCAGGAGCUGGGCAUUCCGUUUCACACCAGCCAAUCGGACGAUGUCUUAUUGCACCCUGAUGUUGACCUUGUCUGCAUCUACAUCUCACCCCCACUCACACGGCAGAUUGCAGUCAAAGCCCUGGGGAUAGGUAAGAAUGUGGUAUGUGAGAAGGCUGCUACCGCUGUGGACGCGUUCAAGAUGGUGACUGCGGCGCGGUACUACCCCCAGUUGCUGAGCAUUGUGGGUAAUGCUCUGCGCUUCCUCCCAGCGUUCGUAGCAAUGCGGCAGCUGCUGGCGGAGGGAUACGUGGGUGAGCUGCAGGUGUGUGACGCCCGUGUCUAUGGCCCCAGUCUGCUCGACCAAUCAUACGGCUGGACCUGCGAGGAGCUAAUGGGGGGUGGCGGGCUCCACACGGUUGGCUCUACCCUCGUGGACCUGCUGAGUCACCUGACGGGAGCACGGGCGAUGCGGGUGCACGGCCUUCUCCGGACGUUCGUGCGGCAGAAUGGAGCGAUCCGCGGGAUCCGCCGCGUCACCAGCGAUGACUUCUGUUUCUUCCAGAUGCUGAUGGGAGGGUCUCAUUCUGGUAGCGGGGCGGGGACUGGGACUGGGUCAGGAGUGUGCUGCACUGUGACUCUGAACUUCAACAUGCCGGGGGCCUUCGUCCACGAGGUGAUGGUUGUUGGUUCAGCAGGGAGGCUGAUUGCCAGGGGGACAGAGCUGUACGGGCAGCGCAAUGGAGGGAACGGGGAGGAGCUGCUGCUAGGGGACAGCGGAGGGACGGGACAAGAGGUCAAGGAUGUCCCCCUGCCACACCUGCGGGGGCUAGGCUCCAUGGUUACAGCUCUAAAAUAUGCUUUCCAGGCACAGGAGGAGCGUCGGUCAUGGGCGCAGGGGCCGGUUGCCAUGGCGUCAACGUUUGAGGAUGGGCUGUACGUGCAGACGGUGGUGGAGGCGGUGAAACGGUCAAGCCGCAGCGGAGAGUGGGAAAGUGUGGAGGUCAUGACACAGGAACCAGAUCCCAACCAAAACCUGUGUGAGGCGCUGCAGAGAAACAAGAACUGAGUACUCAUAUUUAUAUACACACACACACCUACACAUACUAAUAUAAAUGACCUACAGACAGCCUCUAUGGCCUGUCCUGAGGAGACUGUCCCCUAUCAACCACUACCCUCCCCUGCAAGAACCCACAGCCAGGCAGACUGGUGGGCACACCUUCUACUGGAACAGAACUACUGGAUGUGAACUCUUCUCAGCAGAGUUGUUGUGUGUGUGCAUGCCUGUGUGCGUUUUGAAAUAUUCCCAGCCAAUCCGGCCCUAGUUCACCACAUUCCUGUCAAAUCAGUGAUCACCUUGAAGGAGGACGUGUUAAGUAUUCACACUAUAGUUUCUCACUGUGCCUCACUACUUCUGCUGAUGUAAGAAAUGUUUGUUGGAGUUUACAUACAUGUCAUAGAUUAAAUGUAGGAUUAUCUCUUACACAAAUGUGUAUUAUGCACAUAAACAUAUAUAGUUAUUUUUAAAGAGUAACUUACUAACUCAAGAAUUUCAUUUUAAAAAACUAACUUUUUACGAGAAGAUGCGUAUCAUCAUCAGACUGCCCUCACAGCAGAGUUACUCAUGCAAACCCCCUUGACUUUCAGUUAGUUCUUAUUUGAUGUAUGUCUUCUUUUUUUUUAUCAGUAAGAUAUUGAUUGUUGAUCCCAUUUUCCAUAUCAGCAUUUCCUGCACUGAUAAAAUGCUACUACACCCGCUGUGUCUGUGGUAACCGGACAGCUUGUGUGCAAGCCUGUGAAUAGAAUGUGUCUGACUAUAUGGUGGAAAGACUGUACUGUAUUUAUUUCAUUUUUACUUUUGUGUUUUACUAAGAAAAGGCUGUAUGUUUUUUAUUUCAGUAGUAUGUGUUCAGCAAGUGGAAAUGUGUCUGAUAAGCUAUAAGAGGUUUGUUGAUGGAUAUUUAUAGUUUGUGUUUUAAGUUUUUAUAAUUUCAGUUUUACUUGGUGUUAUCACUGUUACCCGUGUAGCUCAGUUGGUAGAGCAUGGCGCUUGCAAUGCCAGGGUUGUGGGUUCGAUUCCCACAGGGGACCAGU